AUGGCCCCUACAACCAAGAAAGGCACCGCCUCCCGGGCUAAUGCUGCCGCCAAGGCAGUUGCGAAGGGCGCUUCCCUGCACAAGUCGCGCAAGGUCCGCACCUCGACCACCUUCCACCGUCCCAAGACCCUCCAGCUCUCGCGGACCCCCAAGUACCCCCGUGUCUCGAUCCCCCGCCAGCCCGCUCUUGACGCCCACAAGAUCGUUCUCUACCCCUUGAACACCGAGAGCGCCAUGAAGAAGAUUGAGGAGAACAACACCCUCGUCUUCAUCGUUGAUGUCAAGGCCAACAAGCGCCAGAUCAAGGGUGCUCUUAAGCAGCUGUACGACGUUGACACCAUCAAGGUUAACACUCUCGUCCGCCCCGAUGGUUCCAAGAAGGCUUUCGCUCGGCUAACCGCUGAUGUCGAUGCUCUCGACAUUGCUGCCACCAAGUUGGCUAUUGUCUAA